AUGCCGAUUAUCUCGUUGUCCAGUGUUGCGUCCAGUGGGGAACAUUUGCGUGGGGAACGAUUAUCAGACUGUGAUGUAUUUUUUUUCAUUUUGUCUUUCAAUGAUAAUUUCUGACUUUAUGAUCCUUCGUAUCUGAAACUGCAUGUACUACAAUGUAUCAACAUCUUCAUCGGAAGUUCUGAUUUUUAAUUUGAGUUUCUUGAGUGAGAUCUUUACUUGCAACCAACAUCAUCUCUCCUCAUCUAUCACUUGCAUCGUCACCAUCUCUAUUCAAACAAAGUCAAUUACGUACUGAUAAAAAACACAGCUCAUCCUCGAAUGUGACGCGUUGCCAAAUUUGUUUGGGUUAUUCUCGCACGCGAGAAAGCAUAUUAGGAAAGAGACUUGCUGGACGAUAUCGAACAUUACAGGAGGAAAGUCAAGCCAAAUCCAAAAAGCAGUAGAUAGUGGGGGUCUGCCAGCGUUGGUGACGCUAUAUAAGAAAAGACCAGAUUUUGAUGUGAAGGAGGAGGUAUUAAGUUUUUGACUACAAAAUCUGAUUGGAUACAAGCACAACAGCAUCCGUUUAUGGGAUGCAGCUUUGGUUUAGUUUGUAGUGCUUCUAUGCCCGGUCGUGACGACUUUGUGAAUUGUUUGUGAUUCAAAAUAUAUACUCAUCCUUUUCCUGUCCUCCUCCACAUCAAUUAGUUUCCUUUCAUUAUCUAUCAUCUGUCUACUUCGUAUCCAACAUAAUCUGUUUCUAUAGAUCGUGUGGGUCUUCCGUAACGCCUUAGCCUCUGGCCUUUCGUCACAGCUGAAGUAUAUGCUAGAACGUGGCUGCCUGGAGAUGCUAGUGGACAUGUUGGACAUAUCUCAAGGUGGCUCUUUGACGGCAUCAGGCGCCGCCAUCCAGCAAGCGGACAAGCGCAUCCUCAUGGCCGCUAUCGAAGGAAUUCACAUUACGUCCUGGAACGAGGCGUGGCGCUCACAAACAACGACCCCAGUCCUUUCUGCGUGCGCUUGCAGGAAACCGAGGGAGUGGAGAGGAUGAGGAUACUGAGGGACGAGUUUACAUCGGAAAGCGUGUCAGUGGCAGCAAAUUAUCACAUUUUCCAAAUGUACUUCCCAGAAGUGGACGAUGCCUGUGUCGCAGACGAACAACCAGAGUCACAGAACAAUUUCGCACAUCAAGGGCCUCAUGAGACUACUGUGCAUCAAAAGGGCAUAACAUCAAGCGGAGGUCGUGUAGUUCCUAAUACUGCAGGAGCUUUCGGCUCUAUGCACCAGCAGGAGGCUUUUGGUUCGUCUGUAAAGACUGGCGCAUUCUCCUUUGGAACAAGCAAUUAGAAAGUUUCAGACGUCCUACUUGGAGUACAUCAGUACAUGACUUAACUCGAAUCAAGACUCCAGCAACCCAACAUUUCGUCUUUCCUCAAAAAUGUUCAGAAAGAACGUCUCAGAUGAUUGUCCUGUCCUCCAGCCUCACCUCCACAUAGCAAGAAUCGAUCCACAGAUAGGUUCACAGAGCAGUUAAGUAUAUUAAUAUAACGAAGAGACACCUCUAGUUCUGCAUCGGAUUGAGGAUGAUAACAUUGUCAAAGCAUG